UUUGUACUUCUUGGAUGGUCUUUGCUUUUUCACAGAGAGAAUUAUUCCAGUGGGGGGUUUCCUGUAUUAUUUUCGUCCGUCCUGAUGUGUUCAACAUGCUUUUAAAAGAUUUUUGAUUUUUAAUAAGCUUUUAAUAUAGAUAUGCUUAAUGCCGAGAGCCAAACAUAGAUCAUAAUGGACUUGUCUUUGAGGAACUAUUCAUUUACCAUUAAAUUUCAAUCGUCAGUGUGCCAGGGGCAUUAACAAUGGAAUGAACAGUAAUAAAAGUGUCAUUUUUCCAUGCUGGAGUUUUAUUGGGCUUGCAAACCAGGCUAGUGUAAGUUAUAGCCCUUGAGGUGGUAAAACACAUCAUCUCUGGUUGAAUUAAACUGUUUCUAGUAGUUAAAAAUGAUUUUACAGGGAAAUAAUCCAUCUUCCAAAGUGAGAGAGCUGGAGAAGAAAUCUUUCAUCCUAGACUCCACGAGGUUGACCCUCUCCAGCAAGAGAGAGGGAGCACCUUGGAAUUACCUGGUGUAAUGAUAAUUAUUAGAGAGCCCUCAGAGAUUAUUUUACAUCACCUUUAGUGACUUCUCAGAGCUGACCUGGCCUUAGGAGCUGUUUCUACCCACUUCUUGCUCAGUGAGUGAUAAUUUGCCAGUAGAUGGGAGCCCGUGUGUUGCCUCUGGAGUCUCCAGCCUCAUGAAUCCCAUAACCAAGCCUGCCACCACCACUCCUUUCAAUGCUCCUGUGCCUGAGAUUCCCAGGAAGCGCAAAGGGAGUGAUUCCGAUAACCAGGAUACGGCUGAAAUUGAUGGUGAUCCUCAGAAAAGGAGUGAAGAUGAAGAACAUGUUAAAGUGAAAGAUUUCAGUUACAGAGAUAAGGCCAGGAAGCAGAAAUGUCUCCUAGGAAUUCCUAAGGACAUCUGGAGUUUUCCUCUGUACAGUAGGGUGUCCAGAGAGGCUCACAGUCAAACAGAGAAACGAAGGAGAGAUAAAAUGAAUAAUUUGAUAGAGGAAUUGUCUGCUAUGAUCCCUCAGUGCAACCCCAUGGCCAGAAAGCUGGACAAGCUCACAGUGUUAAGGAUGGCUGUGCAGCACUUAAAGUCUUUAAAAGGUUCCAGCAGCUCCUAUUCAGAAGUCAGAUAUAAACCUUCAUUUUUAAAGGAUGAUGAACUCAGGCAGUUAAUCCUGAGGGCUGCAGAUGGAUUCCUGUUUGUGGUUGGAUGCAACAGAGGAAAAAUCCUGUUUGUCUCUGAAUCAGUUUGCAAAAUACUGAAUUAUGAUCAGGCCAGUUUAAUUGGACAAAGCCUGUUUGAUUAUUUGCAUCCAAAAGAUGUUGCAAAAGUCAAGGAGCAACUUUCUUCCUCAGAUGUCUCCCCUCGGGAGAAGCUCGUGGAUGGCAAAACUGGCUUGCAAGUCCACACAGAUUUCCAAGCUGGACCGGCUCGGCUGAAUUCCGGGGCUCGCCGUUCCUUCUUCUGUCGGAUAAAGUGUAGUAGGACCACAGUGAAGGAAGAGAAGGAGUGUUUGCCCAACCCAAAGAAGAAAGAUCACAGGAAAUACUGCACCAUUCACUGUACUGGGUACUUGAAGAACUGGCCUCCUAAUGAGGUGGGAGUAGAAGAAGAAAAUGAUGCAGAAAAGGACAGUAGUAACUUUAACUGCCUUGUUGCAAUUGGGAGGUUACACCCUUAUAUUGUUCCCCAAAAGAGUGGAGAGAUAAAAGUCAAAGCAACAGAAUUUGUUACCCGGUUUGCCAUGGAUGGGAAGUUUGUUUAUGUAGAUCAGCGUGCAACAGCAAUUUUAGGUUACCUGCCCCAAGAGCUUCUAGGAACUUCUUGUUACGAGUACUGCCACCAGGAUGAUCACAACCAUCUAGCUGAAAAACAUAAAGAAGUGCUGCAGAAUAAAGAAAAAGUCUUUACAAAUUCCUACAAAUUUAGAGCAAAAGAUGGGACUUUUGUUACUUUAAAGAGUCAGUGGUUUAGUUUCAUGAAUCCAUGGACCAAAGAACUGGAGUACAUUGUGUCAAACAACACUGUGGUAUUAGGUCAUAAGGAGUCAACUGAAGAAGAGGUUUUCUACAGUUCCCAGCCUGCAGAAGAUGCUGUAAAACAGUCUGUAAGUGUACCUGGAAUGUCCUCUGGAACAGUCCUUGGUGCUGGAAGUAUAGGAACCGAAAUUGCAAAUGAAAUAUUAGAGUUGCAAAGGUUGCAUUCUUCACCAUCAGGGGAGUUAAGUCCAUUACAUCUCCUGAGAAAGUCCCCUUCUCCAGCUUUACCUGUGAACUGCAGCAAUGUGCCAAAUAAAGAGUUGAUCCAGUUAUGUCCUUCAGAAACAGAAGUUCUGGAGAAUUCCGAACAAACCCGGGCUGCUAUUCCAUUUCCCAACAAUGAGCCUCUACUCAGUGGUAACUCCCAGCUGGACUUUGAUGCAAUAUGUGAAAAUGAUGACACUGCCAUGACAGCUCUCAUGAAUUACCUGGAGGCUGAUGGAGGCCUUGGGGACCCAGCUGACCUCAGUGACAUCCAAUGGGCUCUCUAGUGUUGCUUUUUUGGGAUAAGAAGGAAUGUAAAACCCAUAAUGCACAACAACCACACAUCCUCAGUACUGUAUUAUAGUUUUUUUAAUGUCUCAGUUGGAUUCAAACUUACUGUCUAUAUAUAUUUUUAAAGACUGAAGCCUUGUUCAGAGAGACACAACUUCUGCUGCACCUCUGGAAAAAUGCAAUAUUUUUUUUUUCAUGAUGAGGAAACCUUGAAAUUUUAAUAUUGAACCAUCUGUAACUGGAAUGCUUAGAACACAUUAGUAUAUUUUUGCUAAGAAACUUUAACCAAAAGGUACUGUACAAUGUACAGGAAUACUUAUUUCUUAGUUUUAAUACUUAAACUUUUAUUUAUUGGUUUUGUUCCAAGCAGUAGAAUAUUGGUUAUCCAUGUUACCUUCUGUAGAACCUACUGUACUUGUAUGGUUUGAGGAUAUUUGUAACUAUUAAAUUUCGUGGAAAUGAUGAUUUGCACACACUAGAGUUGUAAAAUAAGGUUUUGUGAUUCUCAAAUGAUACAGUUCGUGAUUCCUUGCCCUUCUCAGCAGUGCAAUUUUUGCAGUCAAAAGUGAAAAUAAAGAAUACAGAUCUGGGAACAAAGGUUGGAAUUGGAUCCCCAGAACAAACAGAAGAGAAUGGUUUGAGAAAAACAGUCAUUUUCCCAGUAACCAACAUGACAAGGGUAUGAGAAAAGAGCACCAAACUUUUUAAUUACUAUUUUGUAUUAUUUUUAAUGUAUUAUUAGUGCAGAGAACCUGAGACAAACAAUGCCAUAACUGUAAUAAAGCACUUAGCUCUUCUACCAGGUUAUUUUCUAACUAGAAAAGUCUGAACAGACUGUCUUGGUUCCAGAGUGAGACUUGCACUGUCUGUUAGUGAAAAAAUGUUAAAUUCUAAAGCCUC